GAACAAUGUCUCAACACCUGCAAGAACCUUGAUCAAAACGAAAUAUUACUAUCUACAAAAGGACUUCACAUUGAUACAGUUGAUUGUUCGCUGAUUCGAGAGUGCUCAGUAUUCUACUUCCUGGUGUUCAUUGUAACACGGUUUGCUUGACUCGGAUCUCCAUCUUUCGCAUCGAUACGGAAGGCAUGGAUGUCUUCAACGCCUACGCCUACGGGUCUAGUGCAUGGCUAGCACUCAAGGGCUUCGCUCUACUCGGAGCUCCUAAGCUGGUCGUAACCUUACUGGUAGGUGAAAACCGGGGUCAUGCUACAGAGCUUGAAAUCUAUUUAUCCCGUUCCUUCGGACUCGCCUUGCUUGCAAUUGCCCUACUGACGAUUAUGAUGACUGGCUCCAUUCCCUUGACGUCUCAGACCGAUGUCAAAUCCAGCGAUACCGAGGACACUGACCCUAGAGCUCCCUAUGCUUUCUCGGCUUUACUCAUUACGACCCUGCUCCAUGGCGUGCUGGCCUUCUACGAUUAUGCUUGGUACAUCUCUGAUAGCCAGUCGGGGCUAGCAUUGGGUAUGGUCGGCUCGACUAUCAUAGCUGCUAUGGGAGUCUGGUGUAUUCUUUUCGGCACGACCAAAGGUCGUGUCAGCCGCAAGACAGGCGCGGAUAAGAGGACGUCUGGGUUUCCGUUCAAGAACGCAGAGGCAGACAAGAGGCACGCGGGAAGGAAGGCGUUGUAGGCUAUCGACAAAGGAUAUCCAAGUGUUUUAUUCUAUCUUCUCAUUGCUCAUAACUCUAUUAUGCAAGUGGAAAGUUGACACCCUCCGAACACUGUGUGCGGGAUAUACUAUACGGCUGUGAAGUUUAUACAAACUCAUACAGUCUUUCAAAACAUAGGCUGUAUUCACCGCGUUACCCUAUCUCU